CCAUUAAGCAGCACUGAAAAGGGCGAUAGUCGAGCCUUUUUUUUCUCUACCAUGUUUAUUUUACCACCAAUUUGCGUUGAUAUAUAUAUAUAAAUAUGCACGUGUAUAUAUAUGACAAUAUGAAUUUUGCUUUAUCAUCAAGAACGCUAUGUCGAUCGGAUCAAUACCGUUAGUUACUUGCGUCUCACAUAGCAAAACCCACCAAAUUUUUUGUCACUUUCUUCAUUAUUUAUUUGGAUUGUUUUUUCUGUAUUUGAUUUUUACAGGUAUAUUGGUUUAUAAUGGACGAUAAGACCAACAAUAUAUAUACAUAUACACUGACACACAUGUAUGCCCAUGAGGGAGUCCGCAACUGAAGGUACGAUUUUAGACUUCAUUGGAGAGGAAGAUGGAGCUAGAAAGAAGGGAUGUAUAUGGUUACAUAGUAUAUUAAAUAAAUUUGGGGGUGGUGGAUUAAUGAGGCAGAGGCACAGUCAAGGACAUUCCUCGAGUGACGAAGAAGACCUUGAAGAUGAUGCAUGUUCAAGACCACCCUCUCAGCCAUUACCAUGUCCAAGGCCUAAUACUUGGGUUGAGGUUGUAGAGAAUGUUUUGUGGAUUGCUUCUGCAGUUUUUAUCAUAUAUUUCGGUGAUGGACACUCCAAUUUUAUUUACUUACUGUGCCAUGAUAAUCGGAUUAGAAGAAUACCAUUAUACCUUGGGGUGUUGGUUCUUUGUUUGAAUGUUCUCUUCUUCCUGUAUACUACUCUGUUAGCAUGGGGUGUUCAAAUGUGGAGCGAGAAGUGGGAAAAUUUCACUACAUCUGCCCUGCCAUUGUUAGCAUUGCUCGGGCUCAUCUCCUUUUGCUUUUUCUGCUUUGCUUUGUGGCCAAUUUGGAGUUUCUUGACCUUGCCUCUUGUGUUUACGCUGUUUAUGGCUUCCAUGGUUAUAUUGCCCUAUUUGAUGCUCGGGAAAGUCAGGCCAGAAAGUGAGUGAUGUGCUCCGCGCAGAUUAAACUUUGGAUUUCAGUGGAAAAUUCAAUGUCCACACUGACUUAGUUGUAGGGUUUGUCCAUCAGAACGGGAUGGUUGGUGACAUUUGCAGCUGCAUUUAAGUUCAUCAGCAAAGCUGACUGUAUGUUAAUCUUUGUUUCAUAUUGAAUUCCCUAUUUUGUUUUGGAACUACUUCAUGUUUGUUCUGUUGUUUCCUGUUUUUAGGAAU